AAUAAAUUUAAAAAAAAUUGUUGACAUGCGCGAAAUUAUCGGUUUUUCGAGUAUUGAUUUUGCACACUCAAAGGUGAGCAGAGCGUCUUGUUUCUUUCCAUCGCAGAAACAGAUUUUCUGGGAAAAGGAGUAAAACCGUUCCCUUAAAAGUUGUAAUGGAUCAACCAAGCGGAAGUAACUCUAGAGCCGCGGAGGAAGACGCAGCUGCUCCGCAGGCAAUGAUAACUCGAAAGAGAAUCCAAAACGACCAAAUACUUAGACAGUCCAAAGUAAGAAAAGAAAAUGAAAAAUUUCUUCCGAGUAAUCUACAUUCACUAAUCUCCGAGUGUGAGACAAGAAUCAGAGGUUUCGUUAAACGACGGCGCUUGGAGAUGCCUAAUUACUUACUCGAUGCGGACGAGUCUUCAAGCAGCAGCAGCAGUAGCAGUGAUGAUGACGACAUGGGAGAUGAUGAAGUCUUUGAGGAGCAACGAAAUUAUGUACCACGGUCAGGUUUUAAGCAUCUCCUCAAGAGGGAAAGAUUUACAAUGGGGCAAUGGCUUUUCUUGUCCUAUGUGAGAGGCGGCUGGAGUUACCGGAAUGUAAAAUAUUAUUUUCAAAGAGAAUAUGGAUUAAAAUGUUUGAGAAGUGUAAUUAAAAGAGACAGGGCUCCGAUGGAAGGAUAUAAAGCAAUCAUUAAAUUUAAUACUAGCGAGGAACUGAACCGAGUCAUAGAAAAUUUGCAUAAACAAAAAAUGAAUAAUAACUUCUUUUUUAUGUCAUUCGAUAAGAAACCUGUUUACAAUAACGACGAGUUUGAUUCAAGUGAUGAUGACUCAAGCCUAGAACCUCUGCUACCAAUACCAAAAGGAAUUUAAAUCUUCGUAAAAAUAUGUGUACCUACCUAACCUAUUCCUGAAUCAGUAUUUCCUAUUUUUAUCGUAAACUUUUUAAAGAAACCUUAGAUUUGACUUUUUCUAUAGACUUUAUCAACACAUGAAGAUCUCAUUUAAGAUGACAGAAAAAAAUUAGAAAAAAUGUCAUUGAUCAAUAUGUAAAAAGACUGAAUAGUAACAUGAAAUGAUUAUAAUAAGCUUUCUUGGAGUCGUUAAGACUUACCCUGAUUUUAAAAUUGUGUACAAUAAAUGUCACCGUAAUAAAUAUAAAUUUUGGAACUCUAGAAAAAAUUCUUAAGGUCAUUAAAAUGAGAACUUCAUGGAAAUUACUAUAACGGUAGUUACCUACUAAAAGAUAAUUUCAAUUAUUUAUAAGUGUUAACAAAUGUACAUCCGUCUACUAAAACUUUUGCUACUUAUAUUCUUUUAAGUCAUAUUUAAUAAAUAAUUAAUGACAAAAAAAAAGAAAAAUGUCCCUUCCCAACUCUUUACCUAUAUAAAUGUGUAAUUGUAUGUAAUAUCUGUUGUCAUGAUCCUUAUUAAAAUUCCGAGGCCUAAUUGAAAAAAAGCAGAUAGAUGUAUUAAAAGUGUUGUUGUCGUA